CUCUGACUCUUCCCACUCGACUCCCACUUGCUGAAACAAUGUCGAGCUCUCCUGACUACGAUAAGACAGAUAUUCCAUCGGACAUUUUCCCAAGUAUGUGUGAUUCAUUUUAUGCUUCAUAAUGUCGACUCAUUCAUCUCAUAUCAUGCAGAGAUCCCACCAUCAUGGGCCCUAUUUACAACUUCCCAACAUCUCCACACGAUCCAGGGCCGCCCAAAUAACUGCAACUGCGCUGGCGGCUGUGUGUAACGAUGACAUUCAGAUUGAGGAUUAUCUCCCGGAGCCGCGUGACGAACCCUAUUGGGAUCCCAAUGAUCUUGCGGUCCUGCGUAUGGUUGCAAGACAAAUUGAUAAGGGCCUUUUUGAUGUCGAAACUCAGUUGAAGUGGAAGGUCCCGCACACGUAUAGAGAUGGGACGAACUACAUGCAACAGGUCGUAAUUCCGGCGCUGGCAAGUUACUUCAAAGCAACAAAGGAGAAAACAUUACUCGCGUUGAAGGAUGGCGAGAAUGCCGAUGACGUGCUGGCGCACUUGGAUGAUGACCGUGCAUAUAUAAUGUGCUUUUUAGGUGUAGACAACGAAGCACAUCCAUUGUUCAGGUACUUUCUUUAACCAAGUACUUUCAUACUCUACUCAUAGGUUGUUGGUAUCGAUACGUUGAGUUCCUUGCUUCUAGUUUAUCUUGGUUUCCCUUUUGACACCUACGAUGUCUCACGCGUAAUAGUUUUGCGACUGUCAGUACUCAGUAUCAAUAUCGUGCUAUCUAUCUAUCUAUUCUAAAGUAU